AUUUUGUUAAACCAUAAAUAAAUCGGGUACAUUAAAAGUACGAUAAAUAGAACUAAUAGUGAACUUUCAGUUUUCUAAAAAUUAAUUCCUUAUAAUAUAAUCUUCACAUGGUUCUAAAGCUCUAGUGAUUGCAUACCAAUUUCAAAAUAAACUUAAACGGGUGUUAUAAAUAUGAGUUUUUCAAGAUUCUAUACCAAUGUUAAGAUCAUUAACCAGCAACAGUAGCUCUCUCCAAACAGCUGUGUACAUAAGCAUGGCUGCAUUUUUGUUUGUUUAAUACCUAGAAUUCUAAAUUACUUUUACUUUUAUCUGCCCUCAGUUAAUAUUGUUCAACUCUAUUCAUCAUACCAAGAUUCUCCUAUAUUUAUGAUACCGAGUAUGAAGGACAAAGGCAUGUUGCCAUCAGCCAGACAAACAAUGGCUAGACCUAGAGGUCGAGUAUCAACAGUCGGGGCCUUCGCAUGUGACAUUUGUGGCACAACUUUUACCAAAAAUUUUAAUCUGACCAGACAUAAAGGAAAGUGUGCUGGCACUAAAAUUUAUCACUGCCAAAUUUGUCAAAAAAUUUUUCACAGGACGGACAAGUUGCAAAUUCAUAUGGCUAUGAGGCAUCCUCCUCAAAUACUUUGUAAUAACAAUUUUUAAAAAUUUUAUUGAAUGAAAAGAGCCUUAUUUGAAAAUAGCAAAGCUUAAAAUUAUAAUCUUGAUGACAAAAUCGAAAACACUUAUGAUACUGCUGAUGAAUUGCGGCUACAAUUAAUUUUUUUUUAAGUACUAUUUAAUUUUGGUUCACAUUUCAUUUAUAACUGUUUAAAUAACUAAAAAUGUUGCUCUGAUAAAUUUUCAAAGAAAUUUGCACACAACUCCAGCCCAGGCUGUUAAAGUUAAUGUUGAGUUCUUUCCAAUUUGGCUUAUGUGUUACUCAUUGUAUUGAAUUGCAGAAUAUCCCACUCAUGUUACAGGAAUGAGCUUCAACUUUUCAAGUACACGUUACAUUUAUGGAUGUUCAUUGUGUGGCAAACGGUUCACCACCAAGUAUAAUAUGGAGCGACACCAAAAAAAAUGUAGCUCCUGUGGGCCACAGGGUUGUCAGCUUUGUGGGAAAUCAUUUAUAACCAGCGACAGUCUGAAGCAGCACAUGAUCAUUGUUCAUUCCAAUUUUAACUAAUUUUCCAUUAUUACUUAUUAAUAGGAAUACUUCCUUUACUUAAAUUAUUGCGAGCACAACAGUCAUGUCUUUUUGUUUGAAUUUUUGCUGUCGUCCAAAUUAGGCAAUUUUUUUUCAAUGUUUUUUUAGUAUGAUUGGCUCUUAUCUUAUGCGGAAGUUGAAAUCUGUUGGAUCUGGUUAUUGAAUUUUACUCUUAUUUUGCGAACAGUUAAGCGAUUCUGAAAUUUUACUUUCCCUCUUACACAUAGAAAUUCUUAAAUCUGCAGGUUUGGUAUCAGAUAUUGUGAUCACACAAUUGUCUGGUGGUAUUUGGCCUAGCCGAGGCAGACCAACACACUCUUCCAACAUACGUGCUCACUAUUUCCUCUCAAACGGAUCCAGCAGCAAGAUGUUAAGAAAUCAGUGUAAUGUUUGUGGUAAAUCAUUUACUAUCAAAGGCAAUCUGGACAGACACAAGUGGAAAUGUUUAGACAUUAGGCAACAGCCUUGCCCGAUUUGUGGCAAGGUUUUCCAUCGUCGAGAUAAUCUCAAAGGCCACAUAGCAACGCAACAUGCAACUGAGUGGCCCUCAACUAUAUCAAAUGAUUCUUGAAAUGACUGGUUUCAUAAGUUGAAAUUAGCAAUCUAAGCUUAAAAAAAAUUCAGCUUCUUUAUUGCUAAAAGUAAUUUUCCUUAAAGUGCUGCUAUCUUGCAUUUGACUUAUUAUUUUAUUUUUUUUAAAAUGUAUUUAUACCUAUAUGAUUACAGCUGAUUCAUUCUGUGCAGAAACAUUUUACUUAAAAUUACGGCUAUCUUUUUUAAAACGAUUUACCGG